UCAAUUUGCUUACAACUCAAAAGACUGAUGGCUAUGUUAAGUGACCUGAAACAGUGUUCCUCUUUGUCGCACAACUUAACGUUGUUUCUUGUUUGACGUGUGUGUGUGUGUUAGUAAAGCAUAUCUGGCAUUUUUAAACCCGAUCAGAAGUAUUUUCUCCCUGAGGAUGAAAACUUUUGCACCUGUAUGAUUCUUGAAACCCCGAGGGAUUCCCCGAAGGAGAAAACGGAAGCAGGAGUUAGGACAGGUUUUGCAAGUGGCACUUGGUGAUGCCAGGAUGUUAGAAGAGACGUCACUCAAAGCCAGUCACCAUGGAAACACCAGAGUAGGCCCCAGAGGAAGUGAUGAAGACCGAGUAGAGAAGCAAACAUGUGUUGAUACGGACCCCAAAAGUGGUCUCUGCCUACAGUCCUCUGAGACCUGCUUUCCCUCGAGAAGCUCUCAGCUGCGUGAUGAUUUGAAUGAUUUCUCUAAUGAGUGCUUGUCCAUCGGAGACUUGAGCCAAGAUGCUUCCUUCUCCCUCGAGAGCUGCGUCAAGCUGGAAAGGAGGUGGAUGCUGUGGUAUGAAUUUAAGAAAGAGCUCUCCUGUUUGGAUGACUGGCUUCAAUCAGCUGAGAAAAUUGCAGCGUCGCCGAACUCCAGCCAUGUGCUGUAUGUUACAGCGAAAGAGGAGUUACAAAAAUAUGAGAACCUGCGUGCUGAGACCAGGAUACGUUUAACUCAGCUGGACGGACUGACCCAGAGGAGUCGAGCUGUGGUCAGCCUGUUCAGAGGUGCUAUGGGCGCACGGCUCAUAGAGAUGAUGAAGGACUGCGGCCAGCGCUGGGAUCAGCUCAGCAACACUUUGGAGACUGUGUGCCGCAGGUUGAAGCAUUUUGUCUGCCAGCGGGAGGAUUUUGAGAGGCAGAGGGAAGAGAUGGCGGUGUGGCUGGCUGAUAUGGACCUCAGGCUCACUGAAGUGGAGCACUUCUCAGGCAAAGACACCUGCUCGAAGAUGCACCAGCUUCAGGGGUUUCAAGAGGCAGUUGGAGAGAGUGCGGGUCGGCUGAACGAUUUGCUCCAGCAUGGAGAAGAGUUGAUCCAAAGAAGUGAGCCGGCUGAUGCCCAGGCCAUCGAGAACCAGCUGCAGGAACUCCUGCUCCACUGUACCCGUGUUUUUCAGGGCCUUGGCCGUCUGCACACGCGCCUGCUCAGCAUGAGACUGGUUUUUGAGGAGGACUGGGCUCUGUGCGCUCCUGACUCUGGCUGUCCAUCUGAGAGUAUGCUGGAGGAUGAGUGUUUUAUGGACCGCAGCAUGGCGCCUCAGUCUCAGGCUUGUCUUCCUCAGUCCAGUCAGGAUCACCUGGUUCUGGAGUGGGACCCUUCGGUGGACAUUGGUGGUUCAAUUUCCCAUGAUGGCACAGAUUCAUCCUCCUUCAGUGCAGCUGCCGGUGUGCCUUACACAGAUGACCAGGCCAAAUAUCCUCUGAGGAGGAGAGUCUAUGUGAGUCCUAUGGACUUCCAACCAGACAAUGAAAUGAACAUCAAACUGCCAGGCAUUAAGAAGAGCUUAGAGUAUGCGGCCCAACCCCAGACGCCAGUGCCAGUAAUCAGUUCUGGCAAGCAUCAGUACGCCGGGCCAUUUAAGACGUCCACACCUGAAACUAGGGCUCCUGAAUCUGUGACCUUUGACCCUGAACGCAUCAGUGCUUGGCUGGGCCAGACGCAUCAACUUUGUUCUAAAGCUGUCCAGACAGACAGUGAUCCACAGGCGUGCUCCAGUUUUUCAUCUCUGCCGUCCGGAAAGGAAGAGGAGGAGGAGGAGGGAGUUGAGUAUCAAGAGAGCGUGCUCCCCCAGAGACGCCCCCACCCACUGCACACGUGCUCCACCCGCCCAUCCCAGUCAUGUGAUCUCCAGCAUCACUCUUACCAACGUCACCAAGACCCACAGAGGCAGCAGGAGAGACUUUGUUUCCCCGACUCUUUGGAGGACAACACCCGUGCAAAGUCUAGUCGUGAACUGUGUGGACCGAAGGCUUCUGCAGGCAGCUUAUGUCACAGUGGCUCCUGGUGUUUGUGGCCCUUGAGGUUUUUUAACAUGCGAAAGGCCUCAGCACCACUGCUGGUCCUCCUGUUUGCCCUCUUGCUUGCUCUGGUGAUCUGGUCUCUCGUCUCGCUCCACUAUACCUCAUGCCAUCAGUCCAAUACUCUGACCCGCUCAUUUCACUUGGCCCUGCAUUACAAAGGACCUCCACCUACCUGAGGACACACGCAAUAACAGCUUAGGAAGCACACCCGGGAUUGUUUUCAGGGUUUUUCGUAUGAUUUCUUUCAAAAUUUCUAUGAUUUCUCUUCUACUGAAAACGAAGUGGGCUUCUAUAACCGUUUGGAUGCAUGACCAGUGUUGCAUUAGUCACGGAUUGAACAAAAGUGUCCUUAAGCGCCGUCCACAAGAUUUAAAUAUGGUUGGACUCAAAGCUUACUAAUAUAACAAGUGCACUUAAUUCUGCUCUGACACUGCUAUUCUCACAAUGUCAGAGUAAAUUGUCUAAAACUAAAUUGAUUUGACAGCUCUGGAAGCAUCCCUGUUUAAAACUGCCAUGUUGAGCAUGUUUACUUGAAUUUUUGACUGACAGAUUUAGCAGUUUUGGCCAACCAGAUAUUUAUAGGUUUGUUUGAGGCAAAUUAAAAUAAAUAAUAGUAAUAAUUUAAAAAGUAGAUUGUUUAUGAAUGAAAGGUGUGUGUGGUGGUUGUUUUUUGUCAUUUUGUAAGAUUUUUGUUUUGUUUAAAGAGUUUUGUACGGAAAGAAUAUAACGGAACAUUUCAUACUGCCUCACAACAUGCAAUAUUUGAUUAAGAACCGCAUAUAUAUAUGUAUAAUGUAUAUGUAACGGCUGUAACAUUUAUUUUUAAAAGGGCAUUCUACACUGUAUGUAAUAGAUUGCAUCAGUCCAAUGAAGAAGACACCCAAGCAAGCUUUAAAGCAGAUGCUUGUGCUCAUUAAAGAUGGGUUUUGCACUGUUAUCCCCUUUUUUAUGACUUAAAAUAAAAGAGAUGAG